UAAUUACAAAAUUGGCGUUUGCAAAACAUAUUUACAAAUAACACCCACUAGUCAUUACUCAUUAGCACGUUGAGAAUCCACGCGAAACCUAGGGAAGUCGCCAUGGACGAAGAUCUGGAAUUGAACGGUGGGAUUCGAAAUAGCAGUAUUAUUAGCAGGAUGGUGGUUGAGGGAUACGACACCUCCCCUCCUAGGGAGGAUGUCGAAGAGGCUCUGAAAAAACACUUCGCAUCACGUGGAAUAAAGUUAAUGCAUGUCUCUGUUCCCGUAGACUACAAAUGUCGUAAUCGCAGACGCGCCUUAAUCUAUGUUAAUGGAGAAUGUGAAGCAGAGGCGUUGAAGCUUGAUGGAAGUUACGUGGGAGGUCUUGUUUCAAAAAAAAAAAGUAACGUGGGAGGACGUAUCUUAACAAUUACGGCUUACCCUUUUGACGACAAUAGCCUUGAGCAUCUCUUUGCUCCUACCAGUGACAUAGACGAAUACCGACAGCACACGUUGAAAGUUAGAGGAUUUGAUACUUCCCUCUCUCUGAAUGAUAUCAAGAAGAUGCUACUUAGGGUUUUCCCCGGAUCCGAUUGUUUUCCUCUCUGGGACGGCUCAGCUUUGCUUUAUCUCCGUGGACAAUAUGCUAUGGACGAGGCUCUGAAACUUAGCGGAGGUUCUGUGGAAGGCUUUAAAUUUGCAGUUACUGAGGUCCUCCCAGAAACUGUGAUGGAGACUGGCAUCUCUCUCGCAACUGCACGUAGCUUUGGCUUUCGUGGAUAAUUCUAAAACCAAUCAGAAGAUCAAGACUACCGACUAGAAAUCUCUCAAAUGCUGUCUCGUGUUAUUAACUUGUGUCAUGCAAUGCCUCCUUCUUUUCUCUUGUCUGGAUGUUGAAUGUUAUGUUUUUAUUUGUUUUUUAUGAUAAAACUCUGUAAAACCACUUUGACAAACUUGGUUGUCCAAUCAAUAAUCAUUAUGGUAACUCGGUUUGCUAAAGUGAAAACGAAGUUUAGUAACUCAAGG